UUCUAGCAAGGAUCCAGCCGUUCGUUUGAGUUGCGCAGUGACUCCGUCCACAGGUCCACGACGCCGCCAUCGCCAGACCCACCGCUCCGCCAUGGACCGCGAGGCGCUCCGCAUGGUGUGCUCGCCCCAGUUCUGGCGCAUGGGCGUACUGUGGACCCUCUCCCUCCUCUACUCCUACCUCCUCCUCUUCCUCCGUGGCCGGACCGCCGCCCCUCGCCGCCGGGAAGACGUACGUCGAGGCGGCCGUCCCAUCUGCGUGGUCACCGGGGCGACGUCGGGGCUCGGCCGGGCGGCUGCGGCGGCGCUGGCGCGGGAGGGAUACCAUGUCGUGCUCGCCGGACGUUCUGCGCAAUUGCUGAGUGAGACCGCUAAAGAAAUUCGUAGGCAACAGCCAGACGCUUGUCUUGAAGCCUUUCAAGUGGACUUGUCAUCCUACAGGUCAAUUAAGAAGUUUGAAGCUUCGCUCAAUCAGUGGAUUUGGGAUUCGAAUCUGGAGCCUUCCAUUCAGCUUUUGAUUAAUAAUGCUGGGAUGCUUGCAAAAUCACACAGAGUUACCGAGGAUGGGAUUGAUGAAGUGAUGCAGACAAACUACAUUGGUCCAUUUAUCCUAACCAGCAUUCUUUUACCACUGCUGAAGAACAGCCCGGUACCUUCCCGGGUGGUUAAUCUAACAUCUUUCACACACAGAUGUGUGUCAGAAAUUGACGUGUCCGAGGAGGCACUGCAAGGAGUGAAGUUUGGUCAGCAUUCAGUUGGGGGAAGUUACCCCUUAGCUAGUACUUACGAGUAUACCAAAUGUAUGCUUCUUGCUUUAGUAUUCGCUUCAUGCAGCUCUAAUCUACAAAAUCUAUCAGUCUCAUUUUCUCCCAUUGCAGUUUGUUUACUUGUGUUCUCAUAUGAACUUCAUCGACAACUUAACAUCUCUUCUGGUAUCUCUGUCAUGGCUGCGGAUCCAGGUGUGGUAGAAACACGCAUCAUGCGGGAGCUCCCUCCAUGCCUUUCUCGGUUCGCGUUCUUUAUUCUACGCACCCUGAACCUCCUACAGCAGCCAGAUACGGGGAUUGGUGCUGUCCUUGACGCAGCCUUGGCGCCGCCUGAAGCAUCUGGGAAGUAUUUUUUUGGAGGGAAGGGAAGAACCAUCAGGUCUUCUGUGCUGUCCUAUGACAUAGAGGUGGCCAAGAAGCUGUGGGCAGCAUCUUCAGCGUUGCUCCGGGAUCUGCGGCUUAGAGACCGUGAAUCGAGGACUGGUCGAACCAGCUUGUAAAUUUGACAUGGUUAGAGCAUCUCUAGCAGUCCCUUCAGGGACAUCCGAUAAAAUUGGAACGAUACAGAGAGCAUCUCUAGCAGAUCCCCGAAGUCAUAUUUGAGGGGGACGUUUUGGUUUUGGGGGAUUAAGCCCUAUCUAACAGAUCCUAUAUUUCCUAAAAAUAUAAGGGAUUAAGACACUUCUUGGAAACAGAUUCAA